UCAGCCCGUCGGCAAAAAAAAGUGUCACUCCAGCUUGAUCUGAUCGCUCUCCGACUUGCUCCAUUCCGCGCUGGUGGUCUCGAUCUUUCCUCAUCUCUGCCUCAUGCGAUUCUCUCGGUGACACUCAUCUGUCUUCUAGGGAAGUGAAGCUACCCACUUUCUCUAGAAGCCAUCAAUCAUGACUUCCCAAUAUGCGGCGGAGCUCUGUGCGCUCCUGGUCGAGGAUAACUUCGGGGAGCUUUUCGCGCGUAUUUUCUCCACCCUCCAGCGUUAUGAUCGGCUCUCAUUGCCGCGCCUCAAGUUCUACUCGCGUCUCUCGGACCGUCAACUUCGCCAUGGUCUCGCCGCCAUGAUCCAGCAUCACCUGGUGUAUCAUUACACUUCCUACGACGAUGGGGUCACCUACUACCAACCCAAUCUGCAGGCUGCUUACUAUCUUGUACGGUCCGGAAAGAUCCUGGAGUUCAUCCAAGAACGGCUUGGAAAGUAUGCGGCUACGCUUAUGGCGACCAUCAUGUUCCUUGGACACGCCCAAGUGGGCUACCUCGAGACUCUCCCCGAGCUGCAACCCGAACAGCCGAAAACAAAUGGCGUGAACGGAGAAGCCGAAGGAGAAAAGACGGAGGAACAAAUGAAUGGACACGAUGAGCAUUCCGAACAGCCCGCGCUUCUGCAUCCCACACUGAAGGCACUCGCUUCUCAUGGAUAUAUCUUCCGUGUCCGAGACGCACAAUUCCAAAGCUACGCUGACAACGCUUUGGAUGCUGAACGUGCGAUCAAAUCGCGACCAGAUGUCAAGCAGCUGAAGGGAAAGAAGCUCGACGAAACGGUACUGGAAGGGACCGUUACUCUCCUAAAGGAAAGGCUUGAUGGGGACCUGACCCGUGGGCUGAUGCACAAUGGGCUACCCCGGGGCGCCAAGCGGAGGCAUGCGAACGGGUCUAUGGAUGCGCCAAACAAGAGGUCACGAGUGGACUACGCUGCCGACGAAGAUGAGGAAGAAGAGGAGAACGAGUGGUCGGAUGAUGACAUGGGCGGGGAUACAACUCCCAUGGAGUUGGGCAUGGUUGUCCGGGUGAAUUAUGAGAAACUUGACGUUGCCCUCCGGAAUCGACGGUUUCUGGAUCUUGCGGAACUGAGCUCAUCGCCAGCGACCAGGCAGGUCUAUGAGUGUCUCCUCCGACGUAUAGAAUACCAAACCAAGCAAUGCCGCGAUAGUGCCGAGAUACCCCGUGAAGGAGAGGAAGGCGAGCAAUACUCUGUCCCGAUCGCCCUUAGUGCGUUGACAGAAGAAGUCGACCCGCAACUGGAUCUUACAGGCUCCAUUGGUCCCAUGGAGAUUUCACAGCCCGUCAACAGACGUGGGAAGAGGCCCUUGGAGGACAGUGUCAACGGAACUGAUCGUGACGGAUCGGAUGCCCCCAGUCGUACCUACGAAAUUGACCAACAUCUUUCUCUGCUCUCGCAACCUCCCUACAAUUUGACAUCCAAGCGCAUGCUUUCCGGCCUUAUUACCUGGACUGUCGAGUUUCGGCACCUGGCGCGCAAGCUCCGCCAUCUAGAGCUGGAACGAAUGAUCGAAGCGCGAUACGGCGAUGUCGCAUUACGAGUUAUCCGUGUCCUCCAUGCCAAGGGCAAACUGGACGAAAAGCGUCUACAGGAAAUCAGUCUUCUCCCCUUCAAGGAUCUGCGUCAAGUUCUUGCCAGCAUGCAGGCCGGCGGGUUCGUUGAUCUGCAGGAAGUUCCCCGAGAUGCACAGCGCCAGCCCUCACGUACGAUCUACCUCUGGUUCUACGACCCCGACCGUAUCCGAAACAGCAUCCUAGAAGAUACAUACAAAGCUAUGUCUCGGUGUCUGCAACGCCUGCGGUUCGAACGGAACCGGCUUAAGGAAUUCCUGGAGAAGACAGAGCGCAGUGACGUUAAGGGCAACGAGGAACGGUAUUUGUCCCAGGCAGAGUUGACCCUGCUGGACCAGUGGAAAUCCAAAGAGGCCUUGUUGCUUGGGGAAGUGGCCCGAUUGGAUGAGAUGGUCGCGGUCAUGCGAGACUACUGACGAGUUCACAUCCCUCUUAUGGGUGAUGGCAUUGAAAUCCUCCCCCGCCCACCCCCAGCAUUUAUUCUGGCAUGUCCUUGCUUGCUCCAUCCACCUACAAUCAGCAACUAAACUCUUGGCUGAUUUUCGACUUAAAUAUAUACUAUCAACACGGGAGUGACAUUCAUACCCAAUUUCAAAUCGCAAUGAGAACGAGAAAUGGUGGUCUAGAUACAAUAACACUUUGAAAAA